AUGGGUAUUGCAUCAAAAUACGAUGCAACAUUUUCCGCACGAUGGAUGAAAAGACCAGCGACUAUAAUUUUGCUAAUGUUUUUCGGUUGUAUUAUGUUCUCUUGUAUAUCUUUUUACGAAGAAUAUGAUAGUUCAACAUUUGGUCGUUCAAAUCGCCCUUACGCGGACUUCAAACUGCGCCGGAUGGUCAAAGUAUCACCAGAGGAUCAAAAUGUUACAAUCGGUAUAGUUUCUAUUCUCGAUGAAGGAACAUCACAGGAGAAGUACAGAACAGCAAUGGACUCUAUGAAAUGCUAUGCACACAGAUAUAAUUAUAAAUACAACGUCUUAAGCGGAGUGGAUUACAGGCGCGAAUGUCCGCAGAAGGAAGGUGAAGGAUGGUGUCGUGAUGCUUGGCUUACAAAUAGCCACUGGAAUCCCGAGACUGAUUUCAUGUUCCAUGCAUGGAAGGAGGUGAAUAAGUUAUCUCCCGAAAACAAGAACGUCGGGCUUAUGGGCAUUGCAUCAAAAUACGAUGUAACAUUUUCCGCACGAUGGAUGAAAAGACCAGCGGCUCUAAUUUUGCUAAUGUUUUUCGGUUGUAUCCUAUUCCACCAUAUUUCUCUCUAUGAAGAAUAUGUUAGUUCAAAAGUCGCUUCAAACUGCCUCUUCACGAAUUUUAAAGUAUACCAAGAGGUCGAAAUGUCACCAGAGGAUCAAAAUGUUACAAUCGGUAUAGUUUCUAUUCUCGAAGAAGGAACAACACGUGAGAACUACAGAACAGCAAUGGACUCUAUGAAAUGCUAUGCACACAGAUAUAAUUAUAAAUACAUCGUCUUAAGCGGAGCGGAUUAUAGGGGCGAAUGUCCGCAAAAAGAUAUUACAUUUCAACGACAUUGUAUUGUUGCACACUUACUUGAGACUAAAGAGUUGGAUUGGAUUUUGUUCGUCGAUUCUGACAUCGGAGUGGUAAACGAAAAGAAGAGAUUAGAAGGUAUGAUCAUUCCAAAUAAGGACAUCAUCUUUUACAAUAGGUUCUUUAACCAUGAAGUCAUGGCAGGUUCCUUCUUUGCACGACGGAGUAAAACAUCAAUUGAAUUCCUUCGUGGAUGGGCCAAUUAUGAAUUCCGUCUCCCGAACAGUUUCCAUGGCCGAGACAAUGGUGCUAUACAUAUGUGGCUACUUGAACAGAUCAAGCCUAUGAAGAAGUGUUCCUAUGUAUGCCAUUCGUUAUGGAAUGCAUCCAUUGAUUACGCAACUCUCUCCUACUUCACAGUAUGCUGCAGAGAGUUAUUAAAAAACUCUGAAAUCCCGUAUAUUGCUAUAUUGGACAAAGGUGAAGGUUGGGCAAGAGAUGGUUGGCUCACAAACAGUCACUGGAAUUCAUCAUCUGAUUUUAUGUUUCAUGCUAGAAAAGAACGCGAUAAAAAGAAAUACAGAGCUAAUGAAAUAGGAGAACUCUCAGGUCCUGAAUUCUUCCUUUGGUUUGACACGCUUAGAUCUCCUCUCGAACUCCAACAAUGUCAUAACGUGUCUGCAGGAUGGGAUCACGAUCCAGCUCUUAUCGUUCCACAUGGCGAUAUUCUCCGACAUUUGAAGAAUCGUAGAGACAUUGUUUGCUGGGAGUACCAACAAAUGACAGCUGAGAUCAAGAAAAAGUAUAAAAUUGAAUCACGAAAGGGAAACGUUAAGGAAAAAAUGACAAAAUCAAGUAAUGACGAACAAACCGACAACUGGAUCUGUUAG